AAACACACCAGCAUUAGGGCAGCAGAUGACCCGGCGCAGCAGCCAGGAGCACACCAGUCCUCUCCCUGACAAACGAAAGGGAUGGGGGGCAUCAGCCGCAGCUGAGCUCCGAACGGCUGGACCAGGGGAGCGAGGGGACGCAGCAGCUUUCUGCCCCCACUUGGGUGACUUUUUGCUGGAUUUCUCAGCCCCCUACUCCUCUCCACAACAACAUGCCAUUUGCCAAAAGAGCCGUGAAGCCCCAGUUACUGUGCAGGUAUCGCAGCCCAAGCGACGUGGUGGAGGAGCAGGAGGAGGCUCUGCUUUUCGAUGAUCUGGUCUCCAUCAGUAACGUGGCUCUGUCCCGGACCCUGCGGCAGCUGUCGGACCUGGCCAAACAUGCCUGCUCCAUUUUCCAGGAGCUGGAAAGCGACCUGGCGUCCACCAACCAGCGGGUCAGAGGGCUUCAGGGGAAAAUCACCCAACUCCAGCAGUGCUGCUCCGAGCUGGACCCCAAACAGGAGGCAGUGCCGGUGUCCGACCUGGACGUGGAGAGUAAGCUGACGGCACACUUCAGAGCGCCGUGGCGCCUCCAGAGGAAUGUUUUGCACCCCUCCACACGGCCAGCAUGUGUGGAAGAGCUGCACAGGCAGGCCAACCACAGCCUGUGGUCACUGAACCAAGAUCACCAGAGGAGGGAGCGCAGAGUGACCAUCUCAGCCCUGCCCCCCCUGCCCGUAUACCCCUCCCCUUUCAUCGAGCCAACGCAAGACGGUCGGGGCAAAAGUCUAACAACGCCAGAGAGACAUUUUAGAGAUGCAUCCACUCAGUUAGCUGAAGCUCAGGUAAAGACGCGGACGGAGGCGUGUUCACGUUUUGUUCUCAUGUCACCGCUGUAUGUGUCCACCUGCGUCACGCUCCUCACCUUCCCUCGUGUCAUUAUUUUUACAUUUCUGUUGUCCUUUGCUUGUUUUCUGUGUGUUUCCCGUUUGCCGCCGUCUCUCCACCCCGUCGUUCAGUCCGACUCCACCCGCUCCUCCUCCCCCACCGAAUGUUGCAGCCUCUCUCCCUGGAGCAGAAAGGCUGCGCCUACUGACCCCGACACUGACGGGGUGGCUCUAGGUCACCGGUCUAAGCUUCCCAUCCCUAACAUCCCCUCCACCCUGGACAAGCAGACUAACUGGUCUAGAGCUCUGCCGCUGCCCACCCCAGAGGAGAGAAUGAAAUGCAAUUCCCAAGUCAUCGCCUCAUGCAUCAUUCCUAUUAAUGUGACCGGGGUCGGCUUUGACAGAGAUGCUAGUGUGCGCUGCUCACUCGUUCACUCACAGUCUUUGCUUCAGAGGAGACGGAAGCUGAGGAGGCGGAGGACGGUCGCCGGUUUCCCCAGACAGGUGCAGCAGGAUUUUGACUCUGAUGACUCCCCUGGUUCCAGGGAGCGGACGGUCAUUGUUCACACCACUGCCGAUAUAACUCCUUCCACUGAGGGGCUGGCCAGCCAUCUGACCACCAGAGACUCAGGUUGCCAGACCGAAGACUUUUUGACGUCAGGAGCGCCGUGUCGAAGGAGGAUCAGGGUCCAGAGAGGUCAGGGCGUGUCACUCCUGCUCUCCCACUCGGCAGGCAACAUCUCCUGCCUGCCCGACAGCGCUGACCCCAUGUUCUCCAGUUCAGUGGAGGCCCGUUUGCGGUCGCGAAGUCUGCCCAGAGACAGCAGCAGGAUGAUGAUGAUCCUGAUGGACGACGAGCGCAACGACAGCGAGGAGGAGGAGGAGCUGGCACCCUUCGACUCCGAGAGUUUCCUUCCCGGGCGCAGAGAGAGGAUCCUGAAGGAGGAAGAGGAGAGCGCCGACGACCGGGCCGUGUCAGAGCGGCAGCUGGGGGGGCUGAAGUUCGCACAACUGUCGGAGAGUCCGGAGCGCAGCUGGAUGGAGCGGACUGGCGCUCAACUGCCCAGGAAAGCGGACAUGGGCAGCUGCGAGAUCUCGUCCAGUUCGGACACCUUCAGCAGCCCCAUUCACUCUGUCUCAGCCGCAGGGGUGCUGGGCAGCCAAAUGGACCAUAAGGACGACCACCAGUCUUCCAGCGGGAACUGGAGUGGCAGCAGCUCCACCUGCCCCUCCCAGACCUCAGAAACCAUCCCCCCCGCAGCGUCCCCUCCACUCACCGGCUCCUCGCACUGCGACUCUGAGUUGUCCCUCAAUGCCGCCACUCACACCGCCGAAGACCAGACCAGCUUCCUGCUGGACAACUACCAGGGCCUCAGAACCCAGCGAGCUGGCUCCUUCUCCUCAGCAGCUAUGGACAUAUUAGAGGAGGCAGGGGUGAGUACGCCCGUGGAGGGGGAGUGGGAUUUCCCCAACGCGGCGCCGUCUUCCUCUCAGGGGUUCAGUCCUGAACCGGGCAGGGAGGCCGAGAGCAGCCUGGGCUGCCCCAGCUUCACCAGCAUGGCUACCUGCGAGAGCAGCUUCUCCGACAAGCCGCCAUCAGAGAAAGCAGACACCGUCUCUUACUACUCUGUGGACACCGAAGGGUACUACACCUCCAUGCACUUUGACUGCGGUUUAAAAGGCAGCAAAAGUUUCACCUACAACUAUGCAACCCCUGGUUUUGAUUGCGGUUUGUCGGAUGUGAGCGGCCAGCUGACUCUAGGGAGACGCUGCCUCUCCUUGAGAAAGUCAAAGGCCAAGCCCUCCCCACCAAAGAGGAGUUCCUCCUUGAGGAAGAUAUGCAGUGAGGGACACAUCCCUGAAAAAAGAGAACCAAAGAUUACCGGUACCAACAAAUAUCCAGCGUCUCUGUCCUCUAAAGAGCGGAGAAUGCAGCUGGCUCUGUCUGGAUCGCAAGGACUCAUGGAGAACUCCCCACUAGGGCGAGAGCCCCUCGAGGUCUGGGCGAUGGAAGGCAUGUCGGAUCUGACGGAUUUAGGCGUUUUAAGCUCCAAAGACGCACAUUCCUUUAAGGACAAUGGCAUUGUGCAGUCAGACUAUGCAGAUCUCUGGCUUCUAAACGAUUUGAAGUCCAGUGAUCCCUACCGAUCGCUAUCAAACUCCAGCACAGCCACGGGUACGACUGUGAUCGAAUGCAUCAAGUCACAGGAGAGCUCAGAGUCCCAGACUUCCCAGUCUGGCUCCAGAGCCACCACCCCAUCACUUCCAUCAGUGGAGAGCGAGUUCAAGUUGACGUCUCCGGAGAAGCUGGCCGGACUGGCGAGCCCAUCGAGCGGCUACUCCAGUCAGUCUGAAACCCCCACCUCCUCAUUUCCCUCCACCUUCUUCCCUGGACCUCUGUCCCCAGCCACUGGGAAGAGGAAGCCCAAAGUCCCAGAGAGGAAGUCGUCUCUUUCCUCUCUGUCUCUGCAGGCACGCUCAUCCAGAGACGUAGCAACCUCGAAGAAAGAUCUGGAGCUGCCGAUGAUUCCUCCUUCUCACCUUGACUUAAGUGCCCUUCACAGUCCAAGCAAUAAAGACUCAGCUUACGGGAACCAGCUACCAAACCUUCUCCAGAUCAAGCAAAAUGAUGUGCCAACUGCCAAAGCUGUCACAUCCCCGAACCUGGAGUCCUUCACUGCCCACUCUCUGUCUAUAACACCUUCAAUUCUUCAAAAAGUGCAGCUUUGGUCCAUCAGCAAGCAGCCUGAAGACCUGCAUGAGAGCAAAGCGGCCUCGAGACUCCAGUGUCUGUCUGAGAACUCAACCAGCAGUCAAUCGCUAGCUCUCAAGAGUCCCUCACUGCACAAUGCUCAUAAUCAUCAUGUUUCAUCAAACGACUCAAUCCAUGCCUCAAAUGAAGAGCUUUCAAUGGCGAAUAGCAAGGGCACAGAGGCAUUGUCAGGGAGCGCCACAGCUGUCGGACUGCGGUCAGAACCGUGUUCGGAUGGUUCUAUCGUCCCCAAGACAUUGACUGUUCACGAAGCAGAGCAGCGCUCAGAGUCACCGGUAACAUCCGUCUGCUCCGGAGAGUCUGUCCCACAUGUAGACUCUUUGGGUCAGCAGCAGAUCGAACUGCCCGAAACAGAAAUGUGUCCUUGCCCUCCGGUUUUACACAGCUCACCCAAGAGGUCCAACUGUGUGGACAAAGUGCCUGCUGCUGACAGUCCUCUGGAGACGUCCCAGGAGAGCUGCAUCAGCAGCGAAGGGGAGAACGACUCAUCAGGGGUUUCAGCCGAAAGUGCCUCACAGGACAGGAAAGAGGAAUCCACAGAGGAGGCAGACGAUUGCUUCAGCAAAGACUAUACAGAAAGUGACAACUCUGCGUCGUCACAGCUCGAGGAGUCAAAAAGAGAGGAUGAAGACAGCGUGUUUCUGUCACCCACCAAGUCCCGCACCACUGAGGAUCUGUUCGCUAUGAUUCACAGAUCCAAAAGGAAAGUGCUGGGGAGGAAGGACUCCCCUGAGCUGGCCGCAAGGGCCCGCCUCUGCGCCUCAUCGGGCAACACCCCACCGCCCAGCAGCACCGUCACCUCCCCGGUCCCUACGGCGUCCCCCUCCUCCCCCGCUGUGACCCCGCCUGCCCCACACAGAGUCUCGGGCCCCAUCUACAGGAACGCGAAGAAGUCCAGCACCUCCAACGAGGAGUUCAAGCAGCUGCUGCUUAAAAAGGGGAGCCGCUCGGACUCCAACUACCGCAUGUCGGCUGCUGAGAUCCUGAAGAGCCCCAUCACUCCGAAGUCGCCUGGAGACUUUCUGACCGAGUCACCCAGACAGUCAGAGGAGCCCCCCUCCGCACUGCAGCAACUCCUGUUGGACCAAGAGCAGCUGUCCAGCCCGUACCCCAAAGCCAACGCCGAGAGCUUCUCCCCGAGACCCUACCCCGCAUCUGCCGCCUCCCGGCAGGGCCGCUCAAGGAUCCCGCCGCCCGCCAGCAGCAGCCGCUACAGCAUGCGCAGCAGGCUGUACUCCACGCCCAUGCAGGCCAUCUCCGAGGGCGAGACGGAGAACUCGGACGGAAGCCCUCACGAUGACCGCGCCACGUAGGACACGGAGCACAGCAGAGAUAAAUCUAUACGUUUACAAAGACGACUGAUGGACCACGAUGAAAUAUAAUAUAUAGAUAUAUCAAAUAUGCAGGAGGCAGGUUUGUCAUUUUAAUAGUAAAAAAAAUAAAAAAUAAAUAAAUCAGAUUCCUAGCAAUUUUUUGGGAUGAAUUUUUAAAUAUUUUUCUUUUUGUAUUUCAGUCCACAAAAUGUACCACAAACUAUUUUUAAAAUAAAUCCCUGUUAUUACAAAAUGCCUUUGUAAAAAAAAACAAAAACAAAAAAACAAAAAUAGAAACAUCCAAAACCCAAAUAUUCAUCCUGCCCAAUUUAACUCUUAAAGUUCAGAUUAUGGACGCACCGAUUGGCAUCGUUUCCAGUUUUGGUAAACCGUGCCAACACACACUGUUUUUCUACUGCGAUUUCUAUCGAAUGGCUGUUUUUCAAUGAAUCUAGCACAACUAGCAUGACGUAGCUCCGCGUGUCUCUUGAUAGAUUUUUGCAAAAAGCUUCCAACAUUUCAGAGUUUUCUCUAUGACUGGCAGAGCUGAAAAACUCAAAGUUAAAAACAGAGCAACUUAGAUCCCAGUUAGCCUUCUUGCUCUCUGCUGAAGUCUCAGCCUGAUUCUACAGCAGACACGUCUCAACAUUAAGUAGCUCACCACAUCUCAGUGAUCCAUCUGAUUUCCCUAAUAAUGUGUUUUUUUUAACAGCUAAUGUUGAGCCUUCUUCUGACAGUUGCAUCUUCCACACCGAAGAGUUGUUGUCAGCGGGACGUGUCAGGGCUUGCGUUGAUUAUCGAUUAUCUCUAGUUUUAAAGAGAUAUUUUGCUUGGUUAUUUGAAGACAGGUAAACCCAACGUCUCGUGACAGCACAUGCGCUUCGUCUUAUCUGUUCUGUUGUCAGAUUUUAAAAGGAAAAAUAAAUUAAAAAACCUUCAUUUUGUAUCCUAUAGAUGCAGAUUUGUACCUUUUAUGUAUUCUGGGAAUACCUAUGCAAUAAAAAACACAAAAGUUGUACAUUUCCUCAAGCCACUUUAACUUUCCCGCCAAUCAGCACGUCACAACUAGCUUCAGAGAAAUUAUCCCUCCGUCUUUCCAUUCAUAUUGUCACCAACAGCAGUUAGAAGACUUUAACUCCUAACCAGGACAUAUAUAAUGAAAGGCAGCUACUUGUUACAAUAUUUCAGAGUCGUCAUAGAGAGUUACCAGUGAUAGACGGCAGAAAGCUCUAAGCCGAACACCAAGCCGAGGAUCUCUGGAGACGGGAAAGACGCAGGUGUUAUCACGGGAUGCGAAAAAGUGCUCAAAAAGCCAGAGGCGGUGGAAACGCAGCGUGGAAAGAUACAAUAAGAAGGUCAUGUGUUUAAAGAACAGUGGUCGUUUGUGGCUGAAGAUGUGGCAUGUUUUUGAAUAGUCGAAAGAGGCGAAGGGAAAGUGCUCAGUAGGAUCGAAUAUGCCUUACUGUACUCGACAGGAAACAAUACGUGACAAAACGUUUUCCCCCCGGGAAGGACUUUUCAGGUUUCUAACCAGAAGAUGUAAAAUGUGGGGCCGGGUUAUGAAGAAGGGUAAGAAUCUGUUGGAUUCUGGGGCAUUUGCUGCUGUCGUGUGCCAAAUGUUCCUUGAUGACUCCAUACGCACCAUAAAAUAUUUUCUACGUUGUUAACAACUUAAACUUUUUUUUUUAAUCAGACGGAUGGCCCCUGUUUAGUUUUUUCUUUUAACAAACUAAAAGUGACAUUUUAACAAUGAAUUGCUGGAAAUUUUAAAAACAUAUUCAGAUACCUACUUUCAUUUUGAAAGACACAUUUUAGUUUUCUGUUUUCUGAUUUCCAAGGAUCGCAUUUUGAUCUAUUAUAAUAUAAACAGUAGAGCUAUUUCAAAGCGCUAUAAGCUAUGCCCAACCAGUAUGCAAAGCUGACAGAAUCGGUGUCAGUGCAGGUAGAUUUUUGGCCUUAAUGACACGCCGUACAGGGAACUCAGUGAGAUUAGCCUCUCAACUUUCAUUCCUCCUAACUCCCUUACUCCCUUUUUUGCACUGACGAAGAGAUGUUUGUGAGGUUUCAUUUGUCCCUUGCUGCGUGCCGUACCUGGACAUAUUUACUCUCUCAGCUGUAUAAAUAAAUCUUCCUGAAUAAUUUUGUCAAGAGUGGAGUUGUGUAGAUGCUUCUGCCAAAGGCUGCAGGACAUGUUACAGGACCUGUUUGGAGCAUUGGACUGUGCUUUUCUUUUGUUACUUGACUGAAAUGUUCUUGAAAUCACAGAACAGUACUAAAAAAACAGAGUCACAGCUUAUGGUACUAGAUGCAUUAAAAAAAACAUUGGACAUGAAAUGAACCUAUACAAACAGUACUGUAUGUUUUUUUUCUUUCUUCCUCUCUUUCUUUUUUGUGUACAAAACUGUAAAUACAUGAACUGUUCAGAACGAUCACAAAGGUUAUCUAAUUGUCUCUAAUGUAAAAUAAUAUUAAUAAUGUUUUCAGAGUUUACAUUGAUUUCAGACCUUUGUAUAUUUUUGAGUUGUGGAACACUUUGUCUUGUAUUUAUUUUUUAGUAAGCAUUGUGGGCAUCCCAUAGAAAAUCUUUAUCUACUGCUGAAGCACAACAAGCUGCUUAGCAAAAUGUGUAUGAACAGACAAAUAAAUGUGACUGCUUUAAAAAUA